AUGCAUAGCAUUGCUCCGCAGGUGAUAAAUCUGCUCAGCUAUCUCAUGAACACCUGGAGAACCACCCUCUUGGUGAAAACCGUGAAGGGAACGAUAAGAUCGGGUUUAGUCGACAUUAAACGCGGGAUCUUUCAGGGUGACACGCUAAGCUGUAUAUGGUUUUGUUUGGCCUUGAAUCCUUUAAGCAAACUCCUGAAUAACACUAAUUAUGGAUAUGUGAUCAACAAGCAAAGAGGAGUCAGGAUCAGUCAUCGCCUCUACAUAGAUGACUUAAAGAUAUAUGCCUCGAGUUUUGAGCAGUUGCAGCGACAACUUGAGAUUGUCUCAGCUUUCAGCGAUUCAAUAAAGAUGGAAAUAGGAAUCGAUAAGUGUGCUACUCUCGAGGUGAAAAGGGGGAAGAUUCAGAAGACGCCAAGUACUACACUGAUGAACUUCGAAACGAUUUCGGCCCUGAAUGAGAAUGAAUCAUACAAGUAUCUUGGAAUAAAUCAAGCACUCGACAUCAAAACAUCAGAAAUGAAAGACAUUUUCAGGGAAAGACUUUAUAAAAGAGUGACCUUGUUACUGAAAUCUGGCCUUAACUCCAAAUCACUGUUCACUGCUAUCAACGUGUGGGCUAUACCAAGCAUAACAUACUCUUUCGGGGUUCUCGCGUGGUCACAGACGGAUCUCCGAGAAAUUGACAGAAAAAUAAGAACUAUGCUGACGAAGAGUGGCAUACACCACCCUCACUCAUCCACCAUAAGACUAUACCUCCCUAGGAAAAACGGGGGAAUGGGACUUCUAAGUCUAGAGACAACCCAUGCAGAAAACGUUAAUGCCCUAAGAACACAUUUCAUGCAGUUAGACUCACCUGUAGCGGAAGCUAUCCGUGAAGCUGAUGAAGGCAUUUCCAUGUUGAGGUUGGCGAUUCCACACUAUGAGGUAGUCACUCCAUCACUUGAUGAACGCAUGGAAGAAUGGAACAGCAAGGCACUACACGGUAGAUAUCCUGGUCACCUAAAAAGCGAAGAGGUAAAUGAGGUAGAAUCGCUUACUUACCUUAGGAAAGGAUAUUUGUUUCCUGAGACGGAGGGCCGCCUACUGGCGAUCCAGGACCAGGUGAUGCCAACUAGGAUGUACCUGAAGCACAUUGCCAAGCAGGACAUUGCCUCUACCCUAUGUCGCAGAUGCUCUCAAGCCCCUGAGUCAAUCCAACACAUGACUUCAGCAUGCUCGAUCAUGGCCCCAAGAGACUAUCUUGAGAGGCACAAUGCUAUGGGGAAAAUCUAUCACCAACAACUAGCGCUCAAACUUGGAUUGGCACAAAAUGGAGUCCAUCAACACCUGUAUCAACCCAUAUCACUCCUGCAAGAUCACCGCUACAAACUUUAUUGGAAUACAACACUGAUAACGGACAGAGGGGUGACUCAUAAUAGGCCGGAUAUUGCUUUGUUCGAUGUGGAGAAAAAGUCGUGUUUGCUGCUGGAAUUCACAAUACCAGCCGACGAAAACUUGGCUAGGGCGUACACUGAUAAAGUCUCCAAAUAUGGUGACCUGGCCUAUCAACUCCGCGAGAUAUACGGUCUAAAAUCCAUCAGUAUCCUCCCAUUGAUAAUCUCCGUCAAUGGACUAGUUGAGAAACAUCUAUUAGAAAACACGGAAAAAUUGGGCUUGGAGCGACAUAUCAUAUCUAGCGCCCAAAAACAGGUCAUCCUGGGAACUACAAGGAUUGUGCGAAAAUUCCUGGAGGGCCCGUAG